CUUUGCGUUUUAUAUUUUGCAUUUUGCAGCAUACCUCAACUCAGCUAGAAUACAGUCUGUAUAUGAAUAAAUGAAUGAACUCAAACAACCAAUAAACAAAACCCAUUCUUUCCAUGAUAACAUUCUUAUAUUUUAUACUAGCAAACCCAAAAUCUACAUGCCAUUCAUUCCAUUCUUUCUUUCUUUCUCUUUUCGUUUAAAGUAAAGAAAAUGGCCUUUAACAGCAAACCCAAGAAGCCCCAUCUGAUCUCGAUGCAUUCCAAUCUGUACACCACUCUUUUGUUCAUAAUUGUCUUCACCGUUCCUCUUUUGUUUCUCCUCCACGCCUCUACUUCCUCCCUCUGCACCCCUCAUCCCUCAAGCAACGACAACUCUUGGUCCGGUGACCUUCGAAACUCCCUAUUUGCUUGGAAUCGCCUUCCUUUCAUCCCCAUUCAACCCCCACCUGUCACACUCAAAAUCGCUGUUUUUUCCCGAAAAUGGCCCAUUGGCACCACCCCUGGCGGCAUGGAACGCCAUGCCUACACCUUGCACACCGCUUUAGCUCGCCGUGGCCACCAAGUUCAUGUAUUUACAUCCCCUGUCAAUGAUUUCAACGAUCACCCUGAUACCCCAACAUCUUCUAACUCCCCAAGAAUUCACUGCCAUGAAGGUGAAGCUGGUAAGUGGCGAUACAACAAGGCUUGGGAGCUCUUUGAUGAAGAGAACCAGCGUCGACCAUUCGACGUUAUCCAUUCCGAAAGUGUGGCUCUUCCUCAUUGGUUGGCUCGCAAUCUUAAGAAUCUUGCUGUUUCAUGGCACGGUAUAGCCCUCGAAAGCUUACAAUCAAGUAUUUACCAAGAUUUAACUCGUAAGCCCAAUGAACCCAUAUCGCCUUCUUUCAACAUUAGUUUAUAUGGGGUGGUCCCAAAAGUGCUUAGCGAAAUAAGAUUCUUCCAUAGCUACGCUCAUCAUGUUGCAAUCAGUGAUAGUUGCGGGGAGAUGUUGAGGGAUGUGUAUCAGAUCCCACGGAGAAGAGUCCAUGUCAUCCUCAACGGUGUUGAUGAAAAUGAUUUUCGAAAUGACUUAUCCCUAGGUCUUGACUUCAGGUCUAAGAUUGGAGUCCCCAUAAAUGGUAGUUUGGUGCUUGGUGUGGCAGGAAGACUGGUGAAGGAUAAAGGUCAUCCUUUACUAUACGAAGCCUUCUCCAAGCUCGUAAGAAAGCACCCAGAUGUCUAUUUGAUCGUGGCGGGGUCUGGCCCAUGGGAGCAACGAUACAAGGAAUUAGGCCCUCGCGUACUUGUUUUGGGCUCCAUGAGUCCAUCCCAACUCAAGCCAUUUUAUAAUGCUAUUGAUAUUUUUGUGAAUCCAACGCUGAGGCCUCAAGGGUUAGAUCUCACUCUGAUGGAAGCAAUGAUGAGCGGAAAACCGGUUAUGGCGUCGAGGUUCCCGAGCAUCAAAAGCAGUGUUGUUGUUAAUGAUGAGUUGGGUUUCAUGUUUUCUCCCAACGUGGACUCGUUGUUGGAGGCUUUAGAGGAGGUGGUGAGAGAAGGCCCAAAGAGGCUAGCGCAAAGGGGAAAGGCAUGUCAGAAGUAUGCAGCUUCUAUGUUUACGGCAAGCAAGAUGGCACUGGCAUAUGAGAGAUUGUUUCUUUGUAUAAAAAACGACACUUUUUGUGUCUAUCCUUAAUUCCUUAGGCAGGCUAUACUUCUUUUUUAGAACUAGUACAGUUGCAUUUUACUUUCCAUGUAAAAGAUUUUGGACAAUACAAGAGCUGGAUUGAUUUGAGGAACAAUAGUACAAUGUAUGUUUUCGACUCAACGAGUAUGUUAUGUUGGCAGUUCAAUAGACUCUGAGCCCAAUGACUGACAUAUGGGGAAGUAAGCAAAUAGCCCAAAGUUUGGACUUUUUUUUUAGAAAAGCCCAUACACAUCUUUGAGCUCAAAUAUGGAAUGAUCCGGUUCAAUUGUACUUUGUUUUUCCUUUUAGACACUUCCUGAACAUGAUUACUA